CUGGCGCUCAGCCUCGGCGACACGCAGCAGGCCGUGCUGGACCUGGAGGACGCCGGCCCCGAGCCCGAAGCCGUGCGUGCGCAGCUCGGCGCCAUGCAGGCGCUGCGAGAGGAGAUCGACUCGCUGCAGCAGGACUUGGACUCGCUGGGUACCCUGGGCGUGGAGCUGAUGUCGGCCUGCGGGGACUCGGACAAGCCCGACGUCACCAAGAGCCUGGACGACCUCUACUCGUCCUGGCACAGCCUGAGCAAGGCGUGGGCCGAGCGCAACGUGCGCCUGGAGGAGCAGCUGCAGGCCUUGCUCGCCUACCAGGAGGCCAUGCAGCGGCUCGUGGAGUGGCUGGACGCGGCGGAGCUGCGCAUCGCCGAGGAGUUCCUGGUCGGCGGGGACCUGGAGAUGGUGCGGCGGCAGCUGGCCGAGCUGAAGGACUUCAAGCGAGAGCUGUACCAGUGCAAGGUGGACGUGGAGAGCCUGCGGCACCGCGCCGGCCCCGAGGACCGCGGCCCCCCCGCCCCCCUCCGCGCCUUCCGCCGUGACCCUGUCGGGGCUGUGGCCCUCCCGCCGCAGGUGCUGCGCAACGACGUCCUGUCGCACGCCCGCACGGUGCAGUCGGGAAACGAGGCGGGGCAGGGGCUGCUGCUCUCCAGCCUGGGGGACGCCGUGGACGGGCUGCAGUGCAGCCUGCAGCAGCUCAACCAGCGCUGGGACCUCGUGCGCAGCGAGACCGAGAGCCGCCAGCUGGAGCAGGAGAACAACCUCAGCCAGGUGCAGGACGUCAUGCUGGAGAUCACCGACCUGCUGCAGUGGCUGGAGCACGUGGUUCUGCGGCUCUUCUUUUCCAAGCCAGCCUGGGGUCACCCCGACACCACCAAGGAGACGCUCGCAGCACACCUGGAGCUGUGCAAGGAGAUGGAGUCAAAGCAGCAGGCGUACAAUGGCGUGCGGGACCGGCUGCAGCGCCUGCUGGCCUCCUGCGCCGCGGCCCGGCCCUGCAGCACGGAGCACAGCCUGCGCAUCCUGGAGCAGAAGUGGGAGAGCGUCCACGCCGAGGUGCAGGAGAGGAAGGAGCGGCUGGCCGAGGGGCUGACGGUCUCCACCGAGUUCCACAGCACGGUGCAGGAGCUGCUGCAGUGGGUGGCGCAGACGGACGAGAGCCUGAGCGCGCCCCCGGCACCCAGCUUCGUCCUGGAGACCGUCAUGCAGCAGAUCCAGGAGCACAAGGUGCUGGUGAAGGAGGUGAGCGCUCGCGGGGAGAAGCUGGCCGGCCUGGAGGCUGUGGCCUCGCGCCUGAAGGACUUCAGCCGGAAGCAGGACGGCGCGGUGGUGCAGAGCCUGGUGCUGACGGCCAAGGAGCGGCUGGCCAAGGUGCUGCAGCGCACCGCCGAGCGCGGCACCGCGCUGGAGGAUGCUCGCACGCCAAGCAGGUACCGCAGCCGGGCGGGGCCUGCGCUGGUGUCUCCACAGUUCAGCGAGUCCCGGCGGCUGCUGCUGGACUGGAUGGACGAGGCGGAGCAGGCGCUGGAGGCCCCCGGGGAGCCGCCCGGGAGCCAGGAGGAGAUCAAGUGCCAGCUGGCUGAGCACAAGGACUUCCAGAAGGUGCUGCGAGCCAAGCGGCCCGUGUACGAGGCCACGCUGCGCAGCGGGCGCGCGCUGCGGGAGAAGGCGCAGCUGCCUGAGGACGCGCAGCCACUGGAGGAGCUGCUGGGGGAGGCGCAGCACCAGCUGGAGGAGAGCUUGCUGUUCUCGGGGAAGUUCACGGACGCGCUGCAGGCGCUCAUGGACUGGCUGUACCGGGCCGAGCCGCAGCUCUGCGAGGAGGCGCCCGUCGGGGGCGACCGUGACCUGGUCAGCGACCUCAUGGACAAGCAUAAGGUGUUCCAGAAGGAGCUGGGCAAGCGCGCCAGCUGCAUCAAGAUGCUGAAGCGCUCGGUGCGGGACCUGACCCGCGGCAGCAGCAGCGCUGACUCCCAGUGGCUGCAGAAGCAGAUGGAGGAGCUGAGCACGCGCUGGGACCUGGUCUGCAAGCUCUCCGUGUCCAAGCAGGCCCGGCUGGAGGCUGCGCUCCGGCAGGCGGAGGAGUUCCACACGCUGGUGCAAGCCUUCCUGGGCCGCCUGUCCGAGUCGGAGAAAGCCCUCAAGUACGGCGUCUUCCCGGAGGAGGAGGCCGCGGUGCAGGAGUGCCAGAGCCAGCUGCAGGAGCUGAUGAAGACGCUGCAGUGCCAGCAGCUGGAGCUGGAGUGCAUCGCGUCGCUGGGCGAGGAGAUCCUGGCUGCCUGCCACCCUGACGCCAUCAUCACCAUCAAACCGGCGGCCUGUCUCCUGGAGCUGGAGGAGUUUGCGCACUUUGACUUCGGGGUCUGGCGGAAGCGCUACAUGCAGUGGAUCAGCCACAUGAAGUCCCGGGUCCUGGACGUCUUCCGCGGCAUCGACCGGGACCAGGACGGGCGCAUCAGCCAGCGCGAGUUCAUCGACAGUGUCCUUUCCUCCAAGUUCCCCACCAACGUGCUGGAGAUGAGCGCCGUGGCCAACAUCUUCGACACCAACGGCGACGGCUUCAUCGACUACUAUGAGUUCGUCAGCACCCUGCACCCCAACCGGGACCCGCUGCGCCGGGCCGGCGACGCCGACCGCAUCCAGGACGAGGUCAACAGGCAGGUGGCCCAGUGCAACUGCGCCAAGCGCUUCCAGGUGGAGCAGAUCAGCGCCAACAGGUACCGGGAGAUGGGCAGUGCCAGCACCACGCCACGGCCAAACAGGCCCCAGCACCCAUCGCGCCUCCCCAGGCCUCUCUGUCCCGGGGAGCAGGGCUGGUGCGUCCCCACGUACGAGUGGAGCCGGCGCACGGCUGAGACCCGGCUGGGCGCUGCAUGGAGGUGCCCAGACCCCAAGUCACAGCCAUGA